AAUCUCAUAGACAUUUCAACUCAUAGAAUUAUCAAUAUUCCUUAGCAUAUAUCUUUCAUUAUAUAUACAAGAAAUUCAAGGCUACAUCUAUAAGCCACCAAAAUCUUUAAUCUUUCAUUUCAAUCUUUAAUAUGGGUUUAGUAUUUGGAAAAAUUGGAGUUGAAACACCAAAAUUUGAAGUAAUCAAAACCACACAAAACUAUGUAAUCAGAAAUUAUGCACCUUCUGUUGUAGCUGAAAUAACCUAUGAUCCAUCAAUGUUCAAAGGAGAUAAAGAUGGUGGGUUUAAAGUCUUAGUUGAUUACAUAGGAAUUUUUGGUAAACCUCAAAACACAAAAACUGAAAAAAUUUCAAUGACUUCACCAGUAAUCACACAAGAAAAAACUUCAGAAAAAAUUGCUAUGACAGUACCAGUUGUGACAAAUGAGAAGAAUAAAAUGGUGACUAUGCAGUUUACUCUGCCUUCUAUGUAUGAAAAAGCAGAGGAAGUACCUAAGCCUAUUGAUGAGAGGGUUGUGAUAAGAGAAGUGAGUGGGAGGAAAUAUGGUGUGGUGAAGUUUGGAGGAGUGGCAAGUGAUGAAGUUGUGAAGGAGAAGGUGGAGAAGUUGAGGUUGAGUUUGGAGAAAGAUGGUUUUAAGAUUGUUGGUGAUUUUUUGUUGGGUAGGUAUAAUCCACCUAUGUGGACUAUACCUAUGUUUAGGACGAAUGAGGUUAUGAUUCCUGUUGAAUGAUCAUGAUAUGGAUGAAGAUGUUUGUGAAAUUGAUUUAUGUACUUUAUGUUUUUUUAAGGUAUUUUUCUGUCAAAAUAAAGAGUUUUCUGUAACGGUUAUAUUUACCUCUUAAGUUUAUCGUGCAUAAGUGAGACAAAUUUUGCAUCUUGUACAAAUGAAACGGUA